CUCUCAGUGUAGAAAUAACGGUAUAAUUUAAUAGAGGAAAAUGGAAUACUGAACACAAGCAACAAAAGUUUUUAAAAAAAUUGAGAUUUACAAUACAAUUUGUAUUGACAUUUGUACACUUAACCAACAAAUAAUGGCUAUAAAUUGUUAAAUCGAUUGUUAUUGACGGUCGUUAAGGUUUGAGGGAGUAACCAUAGAGCAGGGAGCCAAAGCACCGGCUAAUAAAACUAAAUGACAUUCCAAUCAAAAUAUGUACAUAUUGUACAUACAAAUGUAAAUAAUAAUAAAAAAUAAAAUACAAAAGAACAAAAAUUAAACACAAAAAUUUUGUGGGAUGUCAAAACGAAUUGGUCUUUACAACAAGAAAGUAUUUUUAAAAAUAUUUAUCAGUAAAUAACAAAUAUAAUAAAAGGAAACUGAUAAUCCACAAAAAAAACCAACAUUGAAAGGUCAAACAACUUUAUUUAAGAGAAGAAAUAUUUUUUUAAAGAAUUUUGCGAUAAUGGUUCAAGUAACCCAAACCGAAGAAGAAAUUAAAAUCAUCAUUGAGCUAAAUCGGUUGAUAACCCGUAAACCGGAUAUUGUGCUGUUGCCCACAUAUUUGAAAUUUAAUAAUCCUCCCAUAUUCUUUGAACGUCAUCUAACACAGGAAAUCGAUGAAGUGGCCAGCUUUUGUCGCAUAUUUAAAAAUGAGGCACGCAUUAUACUGAUCAAAAAGGAAAAGGGCAUUUGGCCUGAAAUCUUUCAGAAAUUAAACAAAGAAGAACUAUUUCAAAAACGUUUGGAAUAUUCCGAUCAGAUAAUCUCCAGAAAUAAGGAACGUGAUGAAAAGGCCUUGGAACGUUAUGAACAGAAAAGGCGCACAGAAAUAACACGUGAGGUAAGCAGAGAGACAGCCUUGCGUGAGCGUGUUAAACAAUUUGAAAAGGAAGCUUGUCGUGAGGCCAUGAUAGUACAACCCAAAGAAACCCAUGUCAAAGCAACAAAACCAGAAUUAGUAAGAAAUUUGGCAGUUACUUCUUCACCGAGACCACCCUCUUUGUCAAGUGCUAGAGCCACUUCUGCCAAGGGUUUUAAUCGCUUGGGCACACCUAUAGCCCGUCCUAUGGCAGCCUUGCGUAGUAGUGGUAAAAUUAAUGUAAACUUUAGUAGUUUUCAAUAUGCUACCCCAAAACGUGAAUCUCAAGAAGGUUUACCGCGUCCUUUUGUGGUAGAGAGUGUCCCAAAAACUUGUAAUUCGAGAGAUGACAAAGCAGAAUCGGAGAAUCAGUGAAGUUUGUGUGAAAUUAUUUGUUUUUUUUUAUGAAAUAAAUGUUUUUUUUUAUUACAAAA